AUGUCGUACUGCAAAGUAUUUGGCAAAGACAAAGUUUUCUUCGUCACCAAAGAGGAUCAUGCAACACCCAGCACCAUUGAGCUGCCACCACCAGAACCACCACAAGGUCUUAUUACCAGUGAUGGCGAAAUUAAUUGGAGUUGCCCUUGUCUAGGAGGCAUGGCUACAGGUCCAUGUGGUGUUGAAUUUCGUGAUGCAUUUUCUUGCUUCCAUUAUAGCAAAGCAGAUCCUAAGGGCUCUGAUUGUUUCGAGGCUUUUAGAUCAAUGCAAGAUUGCUUUACGCAGUAUCCUACAGUAUACAAUAAAUCUACUGGUAAUGAUGAAGAUGACGAAGAGGGCGGACUGAACAUGCCAACUUUGGAGGAAGAAGCUGCGAAAGAACCCUCAAGUUUUGCCCCUAGUGUGGAAGGAACGGCAGUACUUACCAAAAAGGAGAAUUAAUAUAUGGGUGAAUUGGGAAGUAAAAGUGUACAUUUAAAGUUGGAUGGAAAUUUCUUCAACCAACAAUGAAGUUCGGUAUACAAAUAUAAUAUAAUUUUGUUAUAAUUGCAUUUUCA